AACAAUAGCUUCACAAAACGCAGAAUUCAUGUUUUGGGAGGUAGUGAAUUGUGUAGAUUGACACAAAGCAAAGGGUCAUUUGUGCUUUAUUUUAUUUUUUAUUUGUUUAAGUUAUAUCACCAGGAUUCCGUCCUCCUUCGCAAGAAGAAACAAUAUAUAUAUAUUUUUGUUUGUUAUUUAACAGCUGCCAGGUGUCGCAUCUGAACGACGCUAGCUGGUGUGAAUCUGUUAGCAGAGCAGCGUUAAUGUUCACGUCGGGAUCCAAAAUCAUCAGUGGUCGUGUUCAACGAUAAUGUGAUUCAGUGAGCUCCAGUCGUGAGUGUAUGCGAUCUACCUGGGCUUGUCGGAAAACCCUUGAAUGAGCUGAAGGCUAACGUGGUUGCGUGACUUGUAUCUUGCACCUCCUCGCUGCCCCUGUAGCUGUCCACGUCUCAUCUCCUGUGUUAACCAGCUGAGCUAGGCCACGUCCCUGCGGGCGUAUUUCAUCCAACCUACCGCACUGACAUUGGACGAGUCUCAGAGACGAUGCCUUGUGUGCGGAAGGAGGAAGGACAGUAAAGAUCAGAAGAAACGUGGGGAAAAGUCUGAUCAUUCAUGACUGUCAGCGUGAGUAGUGUAGUGUUUGCCUUUCUGCACGGUUGCCGCAUAUUCUCGGCAUGUCACGUAGACGGAUGUGUUGUGCAGCGGGAGAAGACUUCCACUGAGCUCUGUAGGUUGCGGUAACAGCCUGAGGUGACUGACAUUUUUGCAUUAGAAAAUGAUUGGGUUUGGUGCAAACCGACGGGGAGGCCGCCUGCCGUCCUUCAUCCUCAUCUUCUUGAUGGUCGUCAUCGCCAUACUGUCUUUCAAUUACUGGACGGUGUCCAACAGGCACGGUCGCCUGCUCGAUGAGCUGGCGGAGGUGCAGACGCAGGUGAAGCGCACGGACGCGGCGCGCAGCCGGCUGGAGAAGCGCAACUCGGAGCUGAUGGUGCAGGUGGACACUCACAGAAAGCAGAUCGACCAGAAGGAUGGAGAUUACAGCGUCCUGGAGGGCAAGAUACAGGCCAGGGAGGGCCUCAUCAAAAAGUGUACUGAUGAAAAGAUGAAGCUUCAGGGCGAAGCCACAGCCCAGAUGACAGAAAUCCAGAGGCUAAAAGAGCAGCUAACAGACCUGAAGCAGGAGUUCAUGAAACAGGAAGAGCAGCUGAGAGAAGUGAAGAAAAACAGCACUACCUUGGAAAGAAAACUGGAGUAUGAGAGUUUACAGUGUGGACGUCAGAUUGCACAACUGAAGGACGAGUAUGAAGAAACGAAGAAGGCAAUGGAGGUGGAGGCAACAAAGCUUAGACAGGGUGCAAUAGACCGCCACAAGGGCGCAGGAGCAAGUAGACAUGAAGAUGGAGCACUAGGUGUGGACAUGGAGGGAGAACGUCAUACUGUGGCCAAUCACCGACAUGAGAGUCAAGAUUUGAAAGAUGAGAUGGGUAAGCCUGGCAGCGAUGCUGGCAUGCCUGGUAUUGAAGACAGUGAGGUGGGAAAAGUCGAUGAUGUGCAGUUUGCUUUAAAGAAACCAGCCAUCACUCAGAAGCAUGAAGACGCCCCUGAAUCAGUUGUAGGAGCUGGUGCUGGACCCAGAGUUGGGGCAGCUGAUGGCCCUGGGGCCCAGGCUUUAUCUCUAGAUGAGCCAAGGCUCCAGGACAGAGUGGAGACCCGUGGAAAGGCGGUUGCAGCCCCGGGCAUUAUGAAACAGGCGGACAAACCGAUAGUAUUUGAAGAAGACAACAAGGCAGGGAUCAAGGCUGACGAGCUGGGGGAGCAGCAAAGACAAAUACAAGUUCCUGAUCAUGUCAAGGGUGACGGAGAACACUUGAAGGCGAUCCCUCUGCCUCCAAAUCCUGCACAGGUGCCCAACCCCAUCCAGCCUCAUCAGGCCAAAGACCACGCUCAAGCAGAGCCAGUUCACCACCGCCAAAGCCGGUUCUUUGAUGAGAACGAGUCCCCAGUAGAUCCGCAACACGGCUCUAAGCUAGCGGACUACAAUGGGGAUGAUGGGAACGUGGGUGAGUAUGAGGCCGACAAGCAGGCCGAGCUGGCCUACAAUGAGGAAGAGGAUGGUGAUGGUGGGGAGGAAGACGUUCAAGAUGAUGAGGAUCGGGACAUGCAGGGAGACCGGGCUGUGGAUUACGGGAAAAGACAUCAAGCCAUUGACAUUCUUUGAAUGGAAACUCCUGCAGCUGUUACUCAUUGAAAAAAUAUUCAAAACGUUCUCUAAUCUCAAGGUCACUUGAUGAAACAUUUAGAACAUCGAUAUGUUUAAGAAGUGUAUCGGUUGCAUCCUCAGUGUCAUGGACUAUUUUGACAACAGACAUUGCAACUAAUGACUUCUGAAUUACGUAAAAUGAAGUAAAACAAAAUCAUGGGUUGUCUUUAGCUGCUGUUAAUUUGCUAAUGAGUCAUGACAGUAGAGUUGAUAUCCUGUAGAAUGACUGUUGAAUUGUGUCAUUUGAUGACUGCCUCAUUCAUAAGAGAGUGGUCUGAAAUGUCCUUGUUGAUUCACAUCUCAACUUUAAGGUCAAACCUUUGUUUUUGCUACUCUUCUUUUCAGGUUACUGUUGAUUAAUGUAGACAAACUCUUUUACUGAGGUGAUUGUGAAAGACACUUAUUUGGCAUCCUGCCUUCUAACAUACUUUUGGGACUCUAACACAGGAGAUUUUUUUUUUCAAGUUGGGGACGCAUUGCGAAGGACAAUACUUAGGCCUAUUAAAUAAUUUUUUGUUUUCUUUCUGACAGACACUACAAAGUGCUCCUCUUUCUUGUUUUCCUAAUGAUGCCAUUGCAUGCAUUUGAACCUUUUUAAUAAUCAAAACUGAGCAGAAUACUGAAGCUUAAGCAAUACUUUAAAGCGUUGUUAAUGUCCUCAACAGUGUGCAAAGAUUAACCAAGCACACGUGAAACUGACUGACUGUACACAUGCUUCCCGUUCAUGAGGUCUCUUGUACAUAUUAUAGUUGAACUGUUAAAAUUUGUACCGAGGAAAUAUAAUUCUUCACCUUUUGGGGGAAAUCCAUGAGCCUGAAAUCAGGUGUGUUUAUGCAGCCAGGGAAAUUGAUUUUCUUAUUGAAAGGCACAUGAAUGUAAUUUAAUUGUAUUAAAGGUGAUGCUCCAUG